AUGGAAGCUCCUAGCCAGCGUGAGGUCGUCCCGCUCUUCGGGAAGGUGGCCAAUCGUUCACAAUGGGACUUGAAAGAGGAUAGCUCUUUCAAAAUCCCAGGCCUCCUGUUCGCCGACGAUCUCGUACUAAUAGCAACUAACAGUAGUGAAAUGCGAAGACUCCUCCAAAUAACGAGCGAAUUUGGAGACGAGCGCGACAUUACAUUCAACCCAAAAAAGAGCGCCAUAGUCGUCUUCUCUCCGAACAAGAAAACGGACUGCGGAGGGCUCGAGAUACAGGGUCGCUCAGUACCUAUAACGUCGGACUAUAAGUACCUCGGAAUUGUUCUAUCUAAUUCCAAGAACUACUUGAAAGUACAGGAAGAUAUCUGGGAAAAACAAUCCCUAGUCGCAUUACACAGAAUGCACGCAACUUCCAUUUGGGGCUUCAACCGAUUCGAAGUUUCCAGAACGCAGUGGAAGGCAACCGCGGUACCACAAUUGACCUACGCAAACGCAGUAACCGUUACAACUGGGAAAUUACUCGCAAAACUCGAACAACGGCAGAGAGACGCGGGGAAAUAG